CCAAACUUCACACCAUCCAUCUUAUAAACACCUUUCAUCCUAUAAACAGACAUAAUCCGUUCAAAUCCGUCCAAAUCCGUCCAAUUCCGUCCAAAUCCGUCAUGAUCAAAUACAUCGUUGCUUUCAGACCAGGGACCUCUGACGAUUUUAUCGAUGAGGCUGCAAAGAAGAUAGAGGAGAACGGAGGCCAAAUCAAACGAAGAUUUGAAUCGCUCCCAGGAUUUGAAAUUGAAGUACCAGAAGGCUUUGAAAUGGAGCCGGUAGCGGACUAUCCAGGCGUUCAAAGUAUCGAACCAGCUGACGUUUAGGAUAACCUCUCACAGGAACUAUCACUAUUUGGCAACCAAAUUGUACAUUUGUUUAUAUUAAAGAACAAUAAAUUGUCGUUAUAAAAAGGUCAUCAUUUGCGGUCUUCUGAGGCAAUGACCAUUAGUCUAACUUGCU